AUGGCUUCCAAAAUUGCUGCGCACUUCCUGCAGUUCCGCAUCCAGUAUUCAAGCAUCGCAUUCCUCUACUACGACUAUGCGUUGACGUUUCCCGCUGAAGUCAAGUAUGUCUGGGGCAAGAAGUUUCGCUUCUCGACUCUGCUCUACGUUUUCUGUCGAUAUGCCCUGGUGGCGAACGUGAUAUUUGUACUUGCUCAGACGGGCAAGCUUGGGAAAAGCUGUGAUGCUUGGUACAAGUUCGAUGGGGUGAUUAGCGUUCUCGGAAGGGCCGCAGUCAUAGCGGCUCUGACUGGCAGAACAUACGCAGUUUAUGGAUGUAAUAAAUAUAUCCUUGCACUCCUGGGUUCUCUCGGGAUAACAUGUUUCAUACUCGAUGUCAUGCAUCUCCCUGGUCUCAGAUGUCUCGGCUCAUCGAGCAGUCAGACGGCGGCAACCUUACUAUCCAUUCUCAUGUGUGUCUUCGAAUUCUCAGCAGCGAUACUUCUUAUCGUACGAAGCCUAUCUGAAUUUCAUAUUGGUGGAACGUGGAAAUUCGACAAGAAUGGUUUUAUGACAGUCGUGUUCAAGCAAGGUUUGAUGUAUUUUUGCGUUGUGUCAAUAUUCACGACUGCAGCUGCUGUCUUGAACUUCCGCGCACCUUCAGGGACAUUCUUCCAACGCCUUCCGAACGCAUACACCCUCCCGUUGUCGUGCACGUUGAUAGCACGAUUUCUCCUUCAACUGCGUGAAUGGCAAGGGAAGGACGUUAUUGGAGGCGACGGCAUUCAUGAUACGGGUGCACAAGACCAGCAUGUGCAAACACUGUCGGCUAUUCGAGCCAACACGAUGGUUGACUCCUUAAUUUUAAGCGACUUUGGAGACGGGGUGCCUGCAGCUAUGUCAUACGAAAGUGCAUUUGAGACAACGUCUACCCAUACACAUGCCGAUGUCAAUUCAGAAAAGGCGCAUUCGGAGACGACUCAGGUGAAUGAGGCCCCAAGGCAUGAUUUCUCCGAGUCCAAAGGCAAGCAGACGAAUAUCGAACCACAUGAUUCGUCUGACUCUGAGAGACAAUCCGACGCUUGA